UUUGUGGUCGGUUUUGUAACAUUUUAUUUUUAUCGCGAAAUCGUGUGAUAACUAUUGGAAAACCGGACAUUAUUGCUUGUUUUGUUCAAUUGUAUACGUCUGCGUCGUGUAUUGUUUUCCGGGAACCGUUCGCUGUCAGGAGAACCUAUUCGAUCAUCAGUUGUGCGAUGGACAAUUUCAAACGUAGACGCUUGGAGAACGUUUGGCAUCAGCCGCCGCCGAGCCUGGCUGGGUUGCAACAACAAGAGCAAAAUGCUUACAGUUCCAUUCGGAAGGCCAACUGCGGUGAGCUUCGAGAAUCCAACCAUGGACAGCUGUUUGAAUUGAGCGGAAAAGUGGCCGAGAACCGAAUGGGGAAGUUUUUGGAUCUGCGUGACGUGCACGGGUCGGUGCAGCUUGUGGCCAACAACAGUCAGCUGCAACGGCAGGUGGCUCACAUAGGAAAGGGUAGUUUCUUAUCGAUCGUUGGACGGGUGCAGGAGCGGCCGCAACGGUGGAGGAAUCCGGCCUUUGCAACUGGUGGAAUUGAUGUUGUAAUUGAAGAAAUUCUUCAGGCUGAUGGUGGCAUGCCAGAUGCGCCAAAGAAAAUUGAUUUCAGUAAGCGUUACUACUCGACCUUGGCAGCUCCAGCGGUGGCUAGAGGAGUGACCAUACUGGAGAUUGAAAAAUCCAGGACGGAAAGUUUAUUGAAGUACUUCAAAAAUCGAAAAUACGCUUGCAGUGAGUUUAGGCUAAAAGACGUUGGAAGGAAGGUCGAAUUAGUUGGAUGGGUUGAUGCCAAAAAGAGACAUGAUCGGUUUCUUCUUCUCCGCGACGGGCAUGGAGAGGUUCAACUGAUGGUAGAAAAUGUACCUCAACGAGUCAGAGAUGCCAUUCAAUUGCUACAGGAUAGCAGCAUCGUUUCAGUAUCGGGAACAGUCAUGGCCCGUCCAGCUAGCUGUGUCAAUCCAAAUUUGGGAACCGGAACGGUUGAAAUAGUUCUAGAUGAUUUCACGGUUUUGGAUCCAAAUGAACCGUACAAUGGUCCGGAAUUGGAACAACCGUCGACAUCUUCCGAAGAGGAGUUUUCUACCAAUCGGUUUACAAAUCGAACGCACAACUGUGGUGAAUUAAGGCUCACUCACGUGGAUCAAGAAGUGGUGCUUUGUGGAUGGUUGGAAUUUUCCAGGUUGAAUAAAUUUUUCACACUCAGGGAUGGGUACGGAAGUACUCAGAUUUUCAUUCCGGAUGAACUGGCCUCCGAGGUAAAUCUGAACAGUAUUCCUUUCGAGAGCAUACUAAAAGUCGAAGGAAAGGUAGUUAUUAGACCCAAAGGACAGGACAAUCCUCGAUUGCCCACCGGGGAAGUCGAAGUUGUUCUUGGGAAGGUGGAGGUUUUAAACGAAGCUAGAACUCGACUGCCCAUCGAUCUUAAAGAACAUAACAAGGCAAAGGAAAAUUUGCGACUGGAACAUCGAUACAUUGAUCUCAGGAGUUCGCAGCUGCAGCGCAACCUCCGACUGCGGUCACAGAUCAUCAUGAAGAUACGGGAAUAUAUGAUCAACAAGUGUGGGUUUGUGGAGGUGGAAACUCCGACACUUUUCCGAAGGACACCAGGGGGAGCCCAAGAGUUUGUUGUGCCGACGCGUAAGCCAGGUCACUUCUAUUCAUUAGUGCAAAGCCCACAGCAGUUCAAACAAAUGCUGAUGUCCGGGGCGAUCGAUCGAUAUUUCCAAAUUGCUCGCUGCUACCGGGACGAGGCAACGCGACCCGACCGGCAGCCCGAAUUUACCCAACUCGAUAUCGAGUUGUCCUUCACCAAUCGAGACAAUAUCAUGUCCCUGUUGGAGGGAUUACUGGCCAGCUCAUGGCCGGCAGCUGAUGAUCCCCUGAAGGUUCCGUUUCAGCGGUUGACAUACGAUGAAGCCAUGAAUCGUUUUGGAUCGGAUAAGCCGGAUACCAGGUUCGGUUACGAGCUGCAAGACGUCACGUUCAAGGUGGUGCACAACGCUAAACUGCUACUGGGAUACGACCCACAAGAGUAUAGUGCUUAUGUAAUUGUUGCCAAAAGUCCCCACAGUGGAACGCCAACAUCGCUAAAGAAAACGCUGGAUAGCAUUUCGAAGGAGCACAAAAAUUGUCGAUUUGUGUUGAGCAGUAUUACAGAUAACUGGUUGGAGUCAUCAAUCAUUAACCUGCUGACUGACGAUGUUGCCAAAAUUCUCAAGCAACAUUUAUCACUUAAAACAGGAGACUUACUCCUUUUGGGCUUCGGGAAACGGAUAAAUACGCAAGAAAUGAUGGGCCGCAUCCGGUUGGCAUUUUACGAAAGCUUGGAAAGCCGCACCCUGGUCGAUAAACGUUCCUCUACCGAACAAAACUUCCUCUGGCUCUACGAUUUUCCCAUGUUCGCUGCAAAUGAGGAAACCGGCAAGUUGGAAAGCGUUCACCACCCCUUCACGGCACCGCAUCCGGAUGAUUUGGAAAAGCUACGGGAAAAGGUUCAACUCGAAAAGAUCCGUUCGCAGUCGUUCGAUUUGGUUUGGAACGGAGUAGAGAUUGGCGGCGGGUCGGUUCGAAUCCACAAUGGCCCACUGCAGAAGAUGGUGCUGGAUGAGGUUCUACAGAUCGAACACUCCCAUCUUCAGCACUUGCUCGAUGCGCUGGAGUGUGGCUGUCCACCGCAUGGAGGAUUCGCCGUGGGAUUGGAUCGUUAUAUUGCGUUGCUCUGUAGUGCCCCGUCCAUCCGGGAUGUGAUUGCAUUCCCCAAGUCUUCAGAGGGAAAAGAUCCGCUGUCGAAGGCGCCAGUGCCGAUUAGCGAAGAGGAGAAGAAGCUGUAUCACAUUUCGACAGCUGACGCUAUGGAAGGCUGAGGACAGGAAGUCGUUGCAUUUAACCAAAGUAUGUUAGUAUGUAAUGGCAACGUGGGUGAGUUGCCGAAAUAUAAUAUGAUUACUCAAUGGAUGUAAUUGAUGUGGUACCUGAUGUUGGUAUCGGAAAGUAAGCAUGAUU